AUGGAUAUUAUUCAAAAUGGGUAAAAUAUACAUAUAAAUUAUGAAAAGAAUCAAUUAUAAGUAUAAAUUAACAGUUAACAAAUAUUUUAUGAAUAAUAAUCAUUUUAUAUUAUUACUGAAAGAUAUUAAAAAUAAUUUAAAGAGUAUACUUAUUUCAAUCUUUAUAAUCUUCAUUCAAUAUUUAAAAUUAAAUAAAAUGCAAGAAAUAGAUUUUGCGAUUUAGUUUAUUCAAUUAAAUAAAGAAAUCCAUAAAGAUGCUUGAUAAUGAUCUUAGAUUCAAUAACAGCCAAAAUUUUAAGUUCAAUUAUGAAACUCAAAGAUCUAAUAGACAUGAGAAUAUCAACAAUUGAAAAAUUAGAAUUUUAACGUAAACCAUAUUCUAAGCAAGAUGCAUUCUAUUUCAUAACACCUUCAGAUGAUUCAGUAAAUAGGUUAAUAGAUGAUUUUAAAGAAUAAUUAAUGUAUAGAAAAAUUAAUGUAAUAUUUUCUUACAAUUUACCUUAAAGAUUAUUGUAAUAGAUAUUCAAUCAAAUUUAGCUAAUCGUAUUUUAUAGAUUAAAGAAUUUAAUCAUCAUCUUUACUUUCUUGAUGAUAAUGUUUUCCAUUUUGAAAUUCCAAAAAUAUAAUUUGAUGAUUAAAUUUAAGUAGUUUAAUUAUUUUUAUCUUCAUUACCUUCAAUGCGACCUUUUUAAUCUAUAAAAUUGUCUACAAUAAAAAAUAAUUAAUUUUUAUAAUUGCUUGCUAAUUGUCUUCCACGAUUAUUAGAUAGAUGGGAUAGAACCAAUUAAAUGA